CUAGAUUGCUUGUAAAAAAGCUAGAAUAAUCUAGCUAUUAUUAUUGGCGAUAGUCAUCGAGCAGUCGCGUGAUACAGGCGCACUUUUUGGCUGUGACUCGUUACCAGUUGGUACUCAUUAGAAGUAGCAUGUAAAUGAGCGAAAUUUGUUGGUAAACUAAAGUGGAAAAGUACAAGAAAAUACGGCAAAGCGUGUUAAAAGAGCAGUAUGAUGGACGAGCAAUUAAUUGAUGAAGUUGCGCACCACGGCGUUAUAUACAAUAGGCAAAAGUAUUACUUAAACGGCAGUUCCAGUGGUGGAAAGUAUGAAACCAAGGAUGAGGCGUGGACAAUUAUCGCCUUGAAGCUCCGUACAGAUGUUGAAACGUGUAAAAAGCGCUGGAAGUAUUUGCGGGAGCGUUAUGUGUCACAGCGUAAACAAGGCGAUCCACCAGUCUACGAACAUCUGUCUCGGCCGUACUUGGAGAAGAUGAAAUUUCUGGACCAGCACAUACAGCCACGAAAAUCAUAUCGCAAUGUGCCAAACUUUCUUACCUCGCCGCAGUCGGCAAACAGCUCGAACUACAGUGAAUAUAAUGUGGACUCAAAGUCAAACAGCUCGCAUAAAAAUAUGUCGCAUUUCGGAGGCACUGGUCAGAAUCAUCACUAUCACCAACAUCAGCAUCAGUCGGAUCAUCAUGCUAUGAAUGCUUUAAACACAGCGGCUGCCUCGGCUUUAGAGAAUGGCCAAGUUAAAAUUGAGGCAGAAAUUUUCAGAGACUUUGCUGCUGCGGUAGCAUCUCAGCAGCUACAUCUAUCACAAUCACAAAUGCAGCAGCAGCAGGCUGCGGCAGUGGCGGCCGUGAUGGCUGACUCGUCUCAAGGAUACCAGGAGCCUUAUCGAGACAAUAAUAUGGGUGUGAGUGCCGCACAGAAUAGCGCUGGCAGCACUGGCGGCCUCACAUCCACGUCUUCCUCCAUGAAGUCACCACUGUCGUCCCCGAUAGCAGGCAUUACCGUGCCCAAUGAACAGUCUACGCCAAUAGUGCAACAACCCCCAGUACAUUCCUCUUCCAAUGGCGAGGGCGCCGGCAGCAACACAGGCAUGCAAGGACAAGCCCCUGCCUAUAACCAGAAAAUGAAUGAUGAUAUGCAUUCCUCGUCGUCAAGCUACUAUAACAAGAAGCCACGCGUGCAGCUUAAUUCAAAUGGCAAUAGCCAUGCGCAUCAUUCCAACAAUGGCAUGGGCAAUGGUCAUUUUAGUCAAGACAGUGACGACGAUUCGGACGACAACAGCAACGAAUUGUUGAAGCCACAGGCAAUGAUGCAGCAUGAUAAUCACUACGGCAGCUCUAUGAACAUGCAGCGCAACGCAAACAGUGGCAACAACACCAACAACAGCGGCAGCAGUAAUCAACAACAGCCGCAGCAACAGCAGCAGCAGCAACAACAACAACAUCAGAAUAUGUUUCCUGCCAAUACAGACUUUCUGUUUCAACUAUACCAACAACUGCCGCAGCAAGCCGGUGGCUCACAUGCCACAAACUUUGGCAAAUUCCAAACACCAAACAAUGCGCCAAGUAUGCAGCGCUCCUCUGAGCAUUUGCUGGGCGAACUGGUCACCACGGAGCUGCUUAAAAUGAACAAGGAUCGUCGAAAAAACGUGCAAAAGCGCAUUUUGGAAAUACUCUUCUUCGACGAUUGAACAGUAUUAGGUGUACUCACUAUAUAUAGUGUAUAUAUGUUUAUUUGUACGACAUACUAUGGUUAGUUGUAAGUUUAUAUAUCUAUAUACUAUAUCCUUAAGCAGCCAGUUCUGCAAUUUAAUAUGAGGUUUGGUCUAUAUCCCACCAUGGCAUUUGAGAAAGUUGUACACUCAACACUUUCCAACUGUGCUAGUCAUGAAAACUACUGACCAGCCUUGCAUGCAACAUUUAUUAUUUAAUCCUAUAACUUUGUA